AUGGACGGAUUUCUUCUCCGGCUACCACUGUGCAACGAUAACAUAAGAUAUGCUUCUCGCACGCAUCUUCCAGAAAUGGCGCUGCAUCCGCAGUUAUCGACACCAGAUUGGUCGCCUUCAUCGACUACCGUUUUAGCGGAUACCGGUCCUCGUCUGCUUGAACAUUACGGAAUACCAUUUCUGCGCUACCACCAGAUCCUAUGGCUAUCACUGUCCCGGUAUCGAUCACCGACCGGAGGUUCAAUUUUGUUUGACCGUUGUCGUUUACUGGUGACUUGCAAGAGGUAUCGUUCGCUCUCCAUCACAAUGAUCGUUUCAUCAACAAAUAGUGGACUACAUAUUCAUGUCACCGCACCUAGAGACGACUCGCCAUUCAGACAACCCGCUGCUCAUCCGUGCGUAGUCCUCAUGACCAUUCCGUAUGAGCAACCUAUAGCGGCUUCGGCUGUCGCUGGACGGCCCAAUUCGGUUAUCCAGCAAGCUUUCGUAUUAACAGCAUUGGAUCAGGGAUGUGGUAUGCUUCGAGAGUUCAGAAUGCAGAACGUUGAAGUCCUCAGUGUACAAGCAGCCAGUUUGCUAUGGCCGAUCUUUGGUGACGACGUCCGCAUCCUGUCCACACAAGUAUGCGAUUUAAGGGUGCUCGACGAAAUAAAGUGGAUGGCAGCGCGCAGAGGAAAUCCUGCGGCAGUUGCCCGACUCGGCUGGAAAUCUUUUUCACCAAAACGUAAAGGAGUUUAUGCCAGAAAUGCCGCCACGAAUGGACGGCAGAUAUUCUGCGCCACAGGCGCGUCUGCCGCCGCCGGGUGUCUCAGUGUCUCUCGCAUAUUGCAAAUGCGGCAAUCUACAAAGAGCUAA